GGAAGGGGUUAAGCAAUGUUGGCUGGCCUUUAUCUAAUGAUAGAUAUCUACACUCAGACUAAGGAUUUUAUUGAUCAGUUGUGUGUGGGUGCUAACUAUGCAUCACUGCCACUAACUUACACCAUCAACAUCAUUGUCAUCAUUGGACUUGCCAGGAACUUAAUUGUCAGUUUAAGCAGCACAGCCAUGAGGAAUCUUUGGACCAAGGUAGGUGUUUUUGGUUCGAUGUCCAUGGCUUUUGGCUCAUUGCUGUGGUCACAGAAGAAGACUGAGUCAGACCAGGUUUUUUCCAGUUGCUCCUCUGCUGACACAAAUCUCACCUCUCCCUAUGAACUGAAACUGGUCCAAGUCCUGUUCCGACAUGGUGCUCGAACACCGCUUAAAUCAAUACCUGGCGUGAUGGAGGUCCAAUGGGUGCCAACCCUGUUGGAGCCUCCAGCACACACCCACAUCAACUAUGUAGUGACAGAUCUUCAUGGUGGCCCCAGGCCCCCAGCUCCUGUCGAAGACAGCUACCGGAGUAACACACUGACCGGUGGCACGUUCCCCGGUCAGCUGACCACAGUGGGCAUGCAGCAGCUGUAUGAGCUGGGCAAGAGGCUGAGGAAGAGAUACAUCGAAGAGGCUGCCUUCCUCGCCCCCACCUUUAGCCCAGCUGAGGUCUAUGUGCGCUCCACUAACAUUGUGAGGACCAUCGAAUCUGCCAAGUGCCUGGUAGCAGGGCUCUUCCAGCAAAAACAAAAAGAAAUUGUACCCAUAUUAACAACGGAGGCAGAGUCUGAAAUCCUGUAUCCUAACUACCAUGGAUGCAAGCUGCUCAAAAUCCUUGGCAGCCACCGUUGGGCAGAGUCGUCCACUCUGCCAGACAUUGCAGCAGACCUGCAGAGCAUCCAGAACGCGCUGGGCAUCGCUGCUCACCAGCACGUCGACUUCAUCCUCAUUAGAGACGACAUGGUUGCCAGAGAGACACACGGCCUCCCCUGCCCGCCAGUGCUGGACACCUGGAGAGACAUAGUGGAACAGAGAGCCGUGGACAUGAUGUGCCACAUCUAUGAACCCAGCAAGAGUGAAAACUUGCAGCUGUGUGUGGGACCCCUCCUGCACAUGUUGUUAUUCAAUAUUGAGGAGAAACUACAGGGCACUUCAUCAGAGCCAAACAGGAAGUUGUUUUUGUAUUCUGCACAUGACACCACUCUGAUUCCCUGUCUGAUGGCUCUGGGGAUUUUUGACAUGAGAUGGCCACCGUAUGCAGCUGAUGUCACUCUGGAGCUGCACCAACACCGGCAGACCAACGAGGCCUUCAUUAAAGUGUCAUACUUAGGCCAGGAUCAUCUUCUUCCAGGCUGUAGUGGAGUCUACUGCCCCCUGCAGGAGUUCAAACAGGCCCUGUCAGCGUACUCACUGAGCUCUGAACUCUACCAGUCGCUUUGUAACAACACAGAGGGCAUGACCAAACCCUGAACCUUCCAACAAAUCUUCACAUGUGAACACAGUGCUACCCAAGGCAUAAACUCAGUCACCAUGCAUCAUGUGUUUUAACACCUCCAGUACUCACUCCAUCCAUCCAACAUCUGACUGCACCAGAUGGAAUUUCUUUUUUUAACACAAGUCCUGGAUUACAACCGUUUUUUGGAGAUCUUUUAGUUACAUCAGACUUUUAAUUUCACUAUUCAUCAUUCAUGUAACCAUGGCAGACGCAUGUUCUAUUUAAAUAAAUGAAUUAAUUUAAUGGUAUAUUGACAAGUGCAUGUGCAGAAUGGUUUUGCUAUGCACAGUAUACCUGAUAUCAGUUGCUAAGUGCGUAUUGUCUGUCUGCAUGCACUUAAUCUGUUUGGCUUGAUAAAUAAAGCUGUUGUUACUUUUUUAUUUUUCAUACUGUCUAUAAAUUCCAUAAGAGGACCAAAACCAACAAUGUGUUAGUUACUUAUCAUGUCUAUGAUACUCAGUCCUAAGUCCGUUCAUUCCUACUGAAAACAUAAACCUUUAAAAAAUAAAAUGAAUCGAAAAAACAACAGGAGUAAAUUGUGCAUUUUUUAGAUCUUCCUUCAGCUGUGGAUUAGUACACAUUUCAUGAGCUAGUGAGUAUUUAUGGCACCAGGACUGUAUAUGGUAUGUGAGAUUGACUUUUUAAAUAAAAUUAAAAAAAACACAUGCCUGUGUUUAUCAUAUUAAGGAACAUGUCACCCAGUGUAACAGUGUGGCUCAUUGGUGUGUUUUUAGUAGUUUUUGGACAAUGAACAAGGUGUAUGGCAUCAUUUUAAUAGGAUAAAAAAUUAUUGUUGGUUUUGGUGUUUUCAUGAGAAUUAUUGACACGAAAAAUAUAGAAUAUCAUCAGCCUUAUAAAUUCAAACCAUUUAAAUAUUUCAUGUUGGACAAAGUAGAACUGUUAAUGCUUGUACCUAAUUGCUGAUGCAAUUAUUCUGUCAGUUUGGUUGUGUUUACAACCAAAUAUUUCAUAUUCAAUCAUUUUGUUCCUCAGGGGAAUACUAAACAUAUGUACCGUAUCUGUUUAUUAACAAAGGGUGCACAAAAUUGUGGUAAAUUGCACAGUAGUGUGAAUGUCUUCAUAACCAUGUGGAACCUGCUAUAUUAUGUUUUAAGAGUGAAACAUUAGGUUGCUUUCUUGCGUGGAUAAGUUUGUAGUAUAGACCACAGUAUAAUGUAUGCAUGAGUACUUGCCCAUGAUAUAGACACGAGUUUUACUGUGUUACAAUAACACACACUGUACCUCAUCAGUGGGAGUUUCCCUUGACCUGCUGCUUAGAAUAUAAAAAGGUUUGGUUUGGAUUGGUGAGGCAUAAAUAAUGAUUUUCAUCAA